UGAAGCAGAGCUAAACAAUCAGCAGAGCUUAAAUAUAACUGAUAGUCAGGAUGAAGAAGGAAACCAACAUGAAGAAUCAACAUCAACUACAGAUGAAGAGACGGAAUCAACAUCAACAAAUGAAGAGACAGAUCCACAGAACAGAGAUCAGAAGAUGACAAGAGACAGAAGACAUGUCCAAAGUGUGGAUAGCUCUCACAAUUCUGAAAGUGACUCUGUUAUAAAAAAUCCCAGCAAGACAUCUUUGGUUAAGAAACACAAACAAUCUCCAAAAGGAAAUAGAUCUACCUUUAUAAAGUUGGGUAAAAGAAAAGGAAUUAUAAACAAUAUGUCAAUGAGCACUGAGUCGGAAAGACCUUAUGUCUGUCAAGAAUGUGGUAAAAGCUUUGAUUACUUGUAUAAAGUCAGAGAUCACAUGAGAACUCAUACAGGAGAGAAGCCUUUUCCUUGUAAAGACUGUGAUGCAAGUUUUAGUCGUAUAUAUAGUCUCAAAACACACAUGAGAACUCACACAGGAGAGAAGCCUUUUGCUUGUGAAGAAUGUGAUAAAGGUUUUAGUCACAUAUCUGAUCUCAAAAGACACAUGAGAAGUCAUACAGGAGAGAAGUCUUUUGCUUGUGAAGAAUGUGAUCAAAGUUUUAGUCAAAUAUCUGAUGUAAAAAGACACAUGCGAACUCAUACAGGAGAGAAGCUUUAUUCUUGUAAAGAAUGUAAAAAAUGUUUUAGUGAAAUAUAUAAUCUCAAAACACACAUGAGAACUCAUACAGGGGAGAAGCCUUUUACUUGUAAAGAAUGUGAUAAAUGUUUUAAUACAAAAUCUGAUCUCAAAAGACACAUAAGAACUCAUACAGGAGAGAAGUCUUUUUCUUGUGAAGAAUGUAACAAAAGUUUUAGUUGUAACACUCAUCUCAAAAGUCACAUGAUCACUCACACAGGAGAAAAGCCCCUUUUUUGUAAAGAAUGUGAUAAAAGAUUCCGUUGUAACUUUAAUCUCCAAAAACAUAUGAGAACUCACACAGGAGAAAAGCCCUUUUUUUGCAAAGCAUGUGAUAAAAGUUUUAGUUGUAGCAGUCAUCUCAAAAGACACAUGAGAACUCACACGGGAGAAAAGCCCUUCUUUUGUAAAGAAUGUGAUAAAAGUUUCCGUUGUAACUUUAAUCUCCAAAAACACAUGAGAACUCACACAGGAGAAAAGCCCUUUUUUUGCAAAGCAUGUGAUAAAAGUUUUAGUUGUAGCAGUCAUCUCAAAAGACACAUGAAAACUCACACAGGAGAAAAGCCCUUCUUUGUGUAGAGAACGUGAUAAUAGUUUCAGUUGUAAAUUUAAUCUCCAAACACAUAUGAGAACUCAUUCGGAAGAGAAUUCUUUUUCUAGUCAAAAAUGAAUUUAGUGAAAAUUGCCAACUUAAGAAACAAAGGAAAACUAGAAGUAGCUGCAGUUCUAGAAGAAAAUGCAGGCUUGAAUGCUAUAUUGCUGAAUGA